AUGUCUCACCCAUCUUGGCUGCCACCUAAAAGCACUGGAGAGCCCCUUGGCCAUGUCCCUGCACGAAUGGAGACCACCCAUUCAUUUGGAACUCCCAGCAUUUCCGUGUCCACACAACAGCCACCCAAGAAGUUUGCACCAGUUGUUGCUCCAAAGCCCAAGUACAACCCAUACAAACAGCCUGGAGGAGAGGGUGAUUUUCUUCCACCACCACCUCCACCUGUUGAUGAUCCUAGUGCCCUUCCACCUGGUUCUGGAAACUUCCCUCCUCCACCACCGCUUGAUGAAGGAGCUUUCAGAGUGCAGGGAAAUCCUGGAGGCAAGACUCUAGAAGAAAGGCGCUCCAGCCUAGAUGCAGAGAUUGACUCUCUAACCAGUAUCCUGGCUGACCUGGAGUGCAGCUCCCCCUACAAGCCACGGCCGGCACAGGGAACUGUUGGUUCAACAGCAUCUCCUCCAGUCUCCACGCCUGUCACAGGUCAUAAGAGAAUGGUCAUCCCAAACCAGCCUCCUCUAACUGCUACCAAAAAGUCAACUUUGAAGCCACAGCCUGCCCCCCAGGCUGGACCCAUCCCAGUGGCUCCAAUUGGCACACUCAAGCCCCAGCCUCAGCCAGUUCCAGCCUCCUACACCACAGCUUCUACACCCUCGAGGCCUGCCUUCAACGUUCAAGUCAAGUCAGCUCAACCCAGCUCUCAUUACAUGUCUGCCCCUUCAUCAGGACAAUUUUACGGUGCAGGGCCCCAAAGCUAUAGCACUCAGCCAAUGCCUGUUUCUGGGCAGUCUCCAGCUCCUUCAAACCGCGGAGGCAUGGAUUACACAUACAUCCCCCCACCAGCACCUCAAGUUGAUCAUGGCUACGGGUAUGCUCCCAACAACGCACGUUAUUAUGAUGGCUAUUACCCAGCAGCACCUGGAUAUGGGGCCAGAAAUGACUCUGAUCCUGCCUAUAGUCAACAAGGUCAACAAAAUGCCUGGAAGCGUGACCCCGGGUAUAUCCCUUCUGGAGCAGGGAACCAGAACUCUGCUGGUGUGUAUCCAAGUUCCGGUCCCAAGAAGACCUAUAUCACUGAUCCUGUUCCAGCUCCCUGUGCACCACCGCUACAGCCAAAGGGUGGACAUCCAGGACCAGUGGGGCCUCCAGCCGUUCCCUCCUCAUUCCGCCCAGAAGAUGAACUUGAGCAUCUGACCAAGAAGAUGUUGUAUGACAUGGAAAAUCCACCAGCUGAUGAAUACUUUGGCCGCUGUGCUCGCUGUGGGGAGAACGUCGUUGGGGAAGGUACAGGCUGCACUGCCAUGGAUCAGGUCUUCCAUGUGGAUUGUUUCACCUGCAUCAUCUGUAACAACAAGCUCCGGGGGCAGCCCUUCUAUGCUGUGGAGAAGAAAGCCUACUGUGAGCCCUGCUACAUUAAUACUCUGGAGCAGUGCAAUGUGUGCUCCAAGCCCAUCAUGGAGCGGAUCCUCCGUGCCACCGGGAAGGCCUACCAUCCCCACUGCUUCACCUGUGUGAUGUGCCACCGCAGCCUAGAUGGGAUCCCGUUCACCGUGGAUGCCGGCGGGCUCAUCCACUGCAUUGAGGACUUCCACAAGAAAUUUGCACCACGAUGCUCUGUAUGCAAGGAGCCUAUCAUGCCAGCCCCAGGACAAGAAGAAACUGUCCGUAUUGUGGCCCUGGAUCGUGAUUUCCACGUUCACUGCUACCGGUGUGAGGAUUGUGGGGGUCUCCUGUCCGAGGGAGACAACCAAGGCUGCUACCCCUUGGAUGGGCACAUCCUCUGCAAGAGCUGCAACUCCGCCCGCAUCAGGGUGCUGACCGCCAAGGCGAGCACUGACCUUUAGAGCCUGCCGCCCACUGAGAAGAGCGAAACACAAGAUGACGAUAA